AUGUCAGAAGAGAUGGUGUUGCAUAUCCUAUCAAGAUUGCCUUCAAAAUCUCUAAUGCGAUUCAAGUGUGUACGUAAAUCGUGGUAUACUGUCAUCAACAAUCCCAUGUUUGUGGAAAGUCACCUCUCCAAUUCCAUGCACAACAAAUUCUCCACUUGCAUCCUUUUCAAACGUUUUGUCCAGAGCGACACUAACACUGGUGAGAAAGAGCUUGGAUUCUCCUUCCUUUAUCUUUGCAAUGAUUAUAAUGAUAAUGAGCAUAACGUCAACUCUGUUGUUGAGGACAUCAAAUUUACACUUUCUACCGGACAAUAUAUUGGGCUCGAGGUUAUUGAAUCUCUAAGUAUUAUAGCCCAUUGUCAUGGGAUAGUUUGUUUAUGUGAUGGUAGUGACAACAUAGUUUUAUGCAAUCCAGCAAUCAAGGAACUCAAGCUUCUUCCACAAUCAUGCCUUCCACAGUUGAUACAGUGUGGUGUGGGGUUUGGAUAUGAUCCUAAAUCUAAAGAUUACAAAGUUCAUAGAAUUUCAUGUGAUGGUGAGGAAAUUUAUGGUGACCGUCUUGUUUUUUUUCCUCCUAGAGUUGAAAUAUACACCCUAAAUACAGAUUCUUGGCGACAGAUCAAGAAUAACUAUUUAGAAACAGAAGAUACUUUCUUUUGGCCUGAUUAUUUCCAGAUGUACUGGAAAGGAAUUUGUUAUUGGGUGGGAUAUGAACAACCAAAAGAAUUCGAGUCUUACUUUGAUAGACUUGAGGAUGAGCAAAAGAAGACAAUGAUCUUUUUGUUUGACACUGGCGAUGAGGUAUUUCGUAAUAUAUUACUUCCAGAUAGUUUAUAUGAGCCACCAGAAUAUCGUUAUGUCAUGCGCAUUCUAGUGUGGAAUGAAUCCGUUGCUCUGUUUGGCUUAGAUAGUUUUGGUACAUUUGAUGAACGCUAUGGAUUAUGGGUGUUGGAUGACUUCGAUGGAGCUAAGAGUUCUUGGACUAGAAAUUUAACUUUUGAUCCCAUGGCCGGCAUUAAAAGUAUUUUGGAAUUUUGGAAAAGUGACGAGAUUGUUAUGGUUACCAGAAAUGGAGAUAUAGUAUCUUACAACCCUGGUACCAAUAAGCUUAAAAAUCUUCCAAUGCAUUUUGAGAAUCCAUCUCUUGUCGAAACUAUUGUAUUUGUUGAUACUUUAGUCCCGGUCAUGGGAGGCAACAAGCUUGUGGAUGUAGAUAAAUAAUUGCUA